AUGUUAGCGGUCGGACAGAUGGAGGGGAGCCGCCAGAGCGCGUUUGUGCUGAGCAGUCCGCCCUUAGCGGCCCUGCAUAGUAUGACCGAGAUGAAGAACCCCUUAAAUCCUUACUCUCUACAGACGGGGCCCGGCUCAGUCACCGGCCCUUCCUCCAUCUCAUCGUCUCCUAGCCCGGCGGGGAUUAUCAGCGCGGCCGCUUCCACGGGGCUCAAGUCGACCUCCAGCCUGCCCGGUUUUCUGGCCCAGCAGCUCUCGUCCACCACCCCUCACGGGAUUAACGACAUCCUGAGCCGGCCAGCGAUGCUCCCGGGCGGAGGUGGAGGCGGUGGGAGUGCUGGAGGUGGUGGUGGUGGUGGAGGAGGAGGCGGGGUCGCCUCUGCCCUGCUCUCGGGAAUCCCUCGUUUCAACGCCAGCCUCAGCCCCCCUCCCCCGGGGAUGUAUUUCAGCCCGGGAGCAGCGGCGGCGGCAGCGGCGGCGGCAGCGGCAGCGGCGGUCGCUCGUUAUCCCAAACCGUUAGCUGAGCUGCCCGGCAGGACCCCCAUCUUCUGGCCGGGAGUGAUGCAGAGUCCACCUUGGAGAGAUGCCCGGCUAGGCUGCUCCCCGCAUCAGAGCGCCAUGCUGAUCGAUAAAGACGGGAAGAGAAAGCACACCAGACCCACGUUCUCCGGCCAACAAAUUUUCGCGUUGGAGAAAACUUUCGAACAAACGAAAUAUUUAGCCGGACCCGAGAGGGCGAGACUGGCGUACUCACUGGGAAUGACUGAGAGCCAAGUCAAGGUCUGGUUCCAAAACAGACGGACGAAGUGGAGAAAGAAACACGCCGCGGAAAUGGCUACAGCCAAGAAGAAGCAGGACUCGGAGACAGAGAGACUGAAGGGCACCUCGGAAAACGAGGAUGACGAUGACGAGUACAACAAGCCGCUGGAUCCCAAUUCGGACGACGAAAAAAUCUCCCAAUUACUCAAGAAACACAAACCCAACACAUUGCACGUUCUUACCAGUGAAAACGAAAGCUCAUAG